CUUUUCAAGUACGGUGGCUGAAAGGUACAUGCGCUCGCUGGCACGCAUUUGGGAGGAGCAACCACUGCACUGCUGUCACCCAAGCAAGAUUCGCAAGCAUUAGGCUAGAAGUGGAAUAUAUUUUAGACUAUAGGUGAACAGGUAGGCUACCUUCGAAUAACUUAAUUGAAGGCAAGAAUGCGACAGAACUGAGGUAAGAAAAGACCCCUUGAGGUCCGGUGGGCAGUUCACCUGACUGCGGUAGGCAAGGUGGAGGGAGAGGUUUGUAACGUUAAACCGUUACUUUUAUUAUCAUCGCUAGCUAAUUAGGGAAAUAACACUAAUAACACUAAUAUUUUGGCUCUCUAAUUUGCAAUAAUGAGCAGUUUUAGGGACAAACAGUCCUUUAACACUCCACCUGAAAGCGCGGACAACAGUGUGAGCGGUAGUGACUGGGAUAUGGCAAGUGAUGUGUUUGUGUCUUGCUACGAACAGCCGAUGGGCGAUGCUAUACACGGUGGAAUGGACUCGGUGCAGCCGGGUAUGGAUAGACAUUUGCCGCUACUAAUAGACCGACGUGGGCUAUCCCAGGACGGCAUGAUUUUAGGCCUGGAGGAAGCCUACUCCGACUAUCAUGUUCGACUUAGUUCUGAUCCUGGAACAGGGUAUCUGGAAAUCACUGGCGACCCAAAUUACAGCGAAAGUGAUGGCAGCAUCACAACGAAAAAGCGAAAUCGCUCCAAUAGUUCCAGACACCGCGGGGAGGUUGUCACGGAUCUUGGACCAGAGGAAGUGCGGUGGUUCUACAAGGAAGACAAAAGGACCUGGAAACCAUUCGUUGGACACGACUCUCUGAAAAUCGAGGUCGUUUAUCGAAAAUUCUGCGAACUUAAUCCGGACAAGGUCAGACGCCGGGGACCGUCUGAAUCAGAGGAUAUAACUGGGUCGACUGGGGGGUCUGAGCCAGCGGGGGGUGAAACUGAGAGACGAGUCUCCGAUGCGGACAGGCUGUCCGUCAGUGACAGAGGGGACAGCGCGUGUUCUACUGUAGAUCUGGACAGCAUAGACGUUGAUGUGGACGCCGUAUGUGUCAGAGGGGGACUAUAUGAAGUUGACAUUAAAGAGAAAGAAUGCUACCCGGUCUAUUGGAAUCAGCAAGACCGCAUACCGGUGAUGCGAGGGCAGUGGUUCACUGAUGGCACCUGGCUACCCCUGGAGGAGGAGGACAGCGACCUCAUUGAACUGGAGCACCUGGCCCGCUUCCGGGGUCAGCAGAUGAGGGACUCUUUUGAGACGGAAGUGGUGACCACAACGGUGGACAUCAAGGACGCCCUCCAAAGCCUGAAGCUGAGCAGGAGCCAUGUGGACUGGCACAGCAUAGACGAGGUGUACCUCUACAGUGACGCCAUCACCUCCAAGAUUUCACGCACUGUCACUCAAAGGCUGGGAUUCUCCAAAGCCUCGAGCAGCGGAACGCGACUUCACCGCGGAUAUGUGGAGGAAGCGGCCCCCGAGGACACGCCCCCUGAGACGACUCACAUUGUGUUCGUGGUGCACGGCAUUGGCCAGAAGAUGGACCAGGGUCGCAUCAUCAGGAACACCAGCAUGAUGCGCGAUGCAGCCCGCAAGAUGGAAGAGAAGCAUUUCUCGGAUCGCACCAAUGAGCAUGUGGAAUUCUUACCUGUUGAGUGGAGGUCCAAACUGAGCCUGGAUGGAGACACUGUGGACUCCAUCACCCCAGACAAAGUGAGAGGACUAAGAGACAUGCUAAACAGCAGUGCCAUGGACAUCAUGUACUACACCAGCCCUUUAUACCGAGAUGAGAUCACUAGGGGUCUUACCAAGGAGCUGAACAGGCUCUACAUGCUGUUCUGCAAGCGGAACCCCUCGUUUGAAGAGAAGGGAAAGGUCUCCAUAGUGUCACACUCCCUGGGUUGUGUCAUCACCUUUGACAUCAUGACGGGCUGGGACCCGGUGCGGUUCCACCACAUGGUCACGCCGGACCCCGAGGAGCUGGAGAUGGGCAGGCCGGGCCUCGAGGAGCGGCGACUGCUCGAGCAACUGCGUCUCACCCGGCUCAAAUUGAGAGAUCUGGAGGACCAAUUUCUAGGUCUGCAGACCUCGUCUUCAGAGGCUAUUCCAGCUCUAAAAUUUAAGGUCGAGAACUUUUUCUGCAUGGGUUCUCCAUUGGCAGUUUUUCUAGCGCUAAGGGGGAUUAGACCUGGAGCCAAUGGAAUCCAGGACCACAUACUACCUACAUCUAUCUGCCAGCGCCUUUUCAACAUCUUCCACCCAACUGACCCUGUGGCAUACAGGUUGGAGCCCCUCAUCCUGAAGCAUUACAGUAAUAUUUCCCCUGUCCAGAUACACUGGUACAACACAACCAGCCCCACGCGGUAUGACCAUAUCCGUCCAGCGCUGCUGAACCCUCUGAAGGAGAGCGCCUCGGUGUCCGACACAGAGAGCAUCCCCAGUCCCGGCACCUCUCCCCCGCAACCCCGCAGACACUACGGAGAGUCCAUCACCAACCUGGGCAAGGCCAGCUUCAUGGGAGCGGCCAGCAUUGGGAAGGGACUGGGUGAGAUUCUCUUCUCUCGGUUCUCACGCUCAAGUGGCCAAGCGGAGGAGGAGCCAUUGGACUCUGAGGGCGGGGCAUCUGAGUCAGAUAUCGUGGCGCCUGGAGAGGAAGGCGGGGAAAAUGAAGAAGAAGAGAAGAUGGAGGAGAAGAAAGAGUCAGCCGCCAUCAAAGAGGAACCCACCAUGUCCCAGUCCACCUCUGUAAUCAUGGACAGCGCUACAUUGGAACUGGAGGAGCGCAUUGACUUUGAGUUACGGGAAGGUAUGGUGGAGAGCCGGUACUGGUCAGCGGUGACAUCCCACACGGCCUACUGGUGUUCCCUGGACGUGGCUCUCUUCCUUCUGACUUUCAUGUACAGGCCGAAUGAGAUGGAGGAGCCUGCCGAUGACUCCAAUGCCGAGUCUUAACCCUCAGUAAAAACUUCUCCCCUUUCUCCUCCUGCUCCUCCUCCUACUUCACUCUCCCACUCUCCCCCUUUCACUGACUCUACCCGGGAUUCCCUGUGCACUUCUGACACAUUGCCCACUGGCAAGACAGACCCUGCUCACUGUGCAUCCAAGAGCCUUUCCUCCUUAUCCUGUGGAGUUCACCUUAAAAAAAAAAAACACACACACACACACAAAUCUGCUGAAGGAGCCUCACCUCUCAUCCAGACUCCACAUCGUGCCAUAACUCCUUAGUGGUUCGUAUGAAGACUGUUACCCCCACACACACACACUCCCCACUCCAUUGCCCUCGACCAGCAGUCAUUUAACAAACAUGACUGACAAAGACACUUGUUUCAUUUUAAAGGUUACCAUACAUUCGCACAUCCUGUGGGAUCUCUCAAAGUCACGGUUUCUCUUGUUGAAAAUUGAGCAGUGUGUUCUCAUCCGUCUCCAAACGAGUCCAAAGUCCAGAGCCAACCCUGUGCUCCUCAAGGUGCCUCUGCUACCACUCAAGAGAGGAAUGUCAGAUUCCAUCAAAUUUAAACUCAUUUUGACAGGAACACUUGAAAACCAUACUUGCAGUUGGGUUAGUCAGUGAAGAACAAAAGCGUAGUCUAAGACAUGUUCCAUCCACUCCUUGACUCGAGGAGCACAGAAAAUGAAAUCAAAAGAUUUUUCUAAUACCUGUUUGACUAUUCAAGCAGGCUUUGCGUUACAUUUGGUAGGUUCUGAUCCUGAGGUAGCUGAGCUUUGUUAAAUGAAAGUGCUACAUUUUUAACUGUAACAUGAGAGCCUGCCUCAGUGUGCACACUUUAGAGGAGCCUGUUCAGGUACCUAAAUGCUUUGGUGAUGCAUUUUAUUUGUUGCAUUGUGUGUCAACGUACAGUGGUCUUAGCAUAAAUGCAGAGGAAGUAGAUAUCAAGCACAUUCUACUUUUGGCUUGAUUUAGAAGCAGGACACACUGGUGUUCUAUGCUAAGCCUAAAUGUUUCUGUGUGGAUCAGGUGUGGACAUUGGGACAGGUACUAUCUGGACACGUCCCAAAACACUAUUUCCUCCAGAAGUCCUUGCACUACAAAAAAUAGUGUCAAUUUUUGUGAUCAGUUGUGAUCAUCUGAUAAGGUCACGGGUACUUGGCCUGUCAUCGCUAUUUCUGUUUACAAUAGCUGUGACGCUGAGAUAAAGGUGGGGAAAGGUGGUCACCGCCAUAAUUGUUUACCAUUUGGAAUGUCAGAUUCCAACAGUUUGCCAAAUAGGCUUCUUUUAAGAGAUUGAUUAUGACUGAUUAUGUGUAAUGCAGAAUGGCUGAUACAUACAUAUCCACCUGAAGACCUUAAAGCAUAUAGAGUUUUUGGUCUUCUGGUUUGGGACUGACCCAAUGCUUUUCUUUUUUUUUAUAAUAUUAAAUAGAUUUUGCAUUUCAUCAGUUGGGCAUGAUGCAAUUUGAAUGAAUAGUCUUUUAAGGCAACCUGCACCAUAAUAUUAGAUGCAAUGUGCUUUGAGCACUAGGCAUGUUCCAGGGGAAAUCAUCCCUACAGGAAAUGUUGUCAGAUGUUUGACAGGCUAUUUUUGACAUCAGCUUUAGACAAUUUAACUCUUCUCCCAAGGCUGAUGUUAAAACUUGCAAAAGAUUUUAAAUAUAUUGAUAUAUGAGAGAGAGAAAGAAAUAUCGAUUUAUCGAUUAUAUAUGUGAAAAUCACUUAAAUCACCCAUCACCUUUCCAAAUGGAUCCAUGCCUAAUAGAAAAGCGUUCAGUUUCAUGCAGUGGUGUUUAUUAGAAUGCAAUAUCAUUUCUUUUGUCCCUUUUUUUGUAAAAAAUAACACCAUGCUUAUGCCUUCAAAAAAAAUCAACCAAGAAAAAAAGCACUUACCUUGCCCUUACCUCACCUUGAUAAUGACUCACCUUUGAAUGUGCCAACGAUUUAAAAUGAGCCUCCAUUUUAGAUGCUUGACAAUGGAGCACAGUACACAAAGCUGAGAGGAGCGAGACUGUGGGCUCCCUCAGUUCUGCCUUCCUUCCUGCCUGCAUAGCAUACAAGGAAACUUUUGUCUUUAUGUUGACAUUCCCCAUCAUAUCAAACCGUGUAUUGUUUACCGUUUUUAUGGAUUCCACAUGUUAUGUUCCUUCACCAAAUAAAUGCUGUGGUAAGUCCACUUUUACGAAA